AUGUCCAGCACUUUAGCGUCGGCCUCAGGCUCUAGCUUCAACUCUGGCGCCGCCUCCUCCAUCAAGAAGGAUGGCAACGUGGCGUCUUUUUCCUCCAAGGCCACCGCCAUCGACACUUAUGGCAACACCUUCGAGGCCCCCGACUACUCCAUCAAGGAUAUUCUUAGAGCCACUCCUGCCCACUGCUACGAGAGAAGAACCGCCGAAUCUCUCUGGUACGUGUUCAGAGACAUUGCUUGCAUGGUGUUUUUCGGGUACGUGGCCCAGAACUACAUCUGCUUGUUGCCUCACCCAGCGCUUCGUUUUGCUGCGUGGGCUGCUUACACGUAUGUCCAGGGUCUUUUUGGUACCGGUCUUUGGGUGUUGGCCCACGAGUGUGGCCAUGGGGCGUUUUCUGACCACACCUGGGUCAAUGACACCGUGGGCUGGAUCUUGCACUCGUACUGGUUUGUGCCUUACUUCUCCUGGAAGUUUUCCCACGGCAAGCACCACAAGGCCACGGGCCACAUGGACAGAGACAUGGUGUUCGUGCCCCACACUAAAGAGUCGUUCAUGAAGAAGCACCACGCCCACUCCUUGGAAGAGAUCGCCAGCGACUCGCCUCUUUACUCGUUGGGCCACUUGCUUGGCCAGCAGUUGGGCGGCUGGAUCAUGUACCUCUUCACCAACGUCACCGGCCAGAAGGUCGCUGACUCUGCUUGGGGCAUGAACCACUUCAACCCCAACUCGGCCAUUUUUGAGAAGAGGGACUACUGGUACAUUGUCAUGAGUGACAUUGGUGUCUUGACCCAGGCGCUUGUUGUCUACACAUGGUACAAGCACUUUGGUGCGUUCAACGUGCUCAUGCACUGGGCCAUUCCUUACAUCUACGUGAACCACUGGUUGGUGUUCAUUACGUUUCUUCAGCACUCGGACCCCAAGAUGCCCCACUACGAAGCCCACCAAUGGAACUUCGCCAGGGGCGCUGCUGCCACCAUCGACAGAGAAUUUGGUUUUGUUGGAAAGCACAUUUUCCACGACAUCAUCGAGACCCACGUGUUGCACCACUACUGCUCGAGAAUUCCCUUUUACAAUGCCCGUGAAGCCUCCGAGGCCAUCAAGAAGGUGAUGGGCCACCACUACCAGCACUCUGACGAGAGCAUGUGGGUAUCGUUGUGGAAGUCGGCCAGACAGUGCCAGUUUGUCGAGGGCGACAACGGUGUGUUGAUGUACAGAAACGUGAAUGGGUUUGGCGUUGACCCAAAGAAGAAGAGCUAG